ACGAGCUGGCAAAUUUGGAGAAAAUACUACGCGCUCUCGGAAAACCGUCAGUUGCAAAAACCAUUGAGUAAACGGUAGGUCCAUUCGACAUUGCUAAGAAUAAUUUAUUAGAAAUGGCAAACUUUGACGGCCAACUGCAUGUGACACCAGUGCCAGAGAGUCCGUUCACGGGGCCUCCACCGGCCUAUGCCCGAGAAGCCGGCCCACAAGAGGAGAUCGUUUUGGUUUCCCAAGCCAUACCGGUAUCGGCGGUGGAACCAAUGUUGGGCCAUAUCUGCCCCCAUUCCCCACUUGCAUUGGAGACAAAGAUUGACUUCCCCUUCACGACCGAAGUUCUCGGGCAGACGAAAAAGGGAGGGAAUCUGGCGAGACUUGACGCUACACCUGACAUGCCUGACCAGAUGGUCUUGAUGAUGGACAGUCAACUAGGGGCACACGAGGCUAAGGGUCAUCUGGAUGAGGGGGUCGAAGCAAUCGAUGUGUGGGAACCGCCAGAUAUUCAGCAACUUGGGGUGAAGUGGUCAGAUUUGACGACUGGUGGCAAGGCACAUCGGGUCCUGGUAGACUGGGUGCUCAAACCUGUCUGUAUCCUGGCUCUCCUCUAUCUCUUCAUCUGCUCUCUAGAUCUGAUGAGCUCUGCCUUCCGUCUUCUAGGAGGCAAAGAGGCAGGGGAAGUAUUGAGCGAGAAUGAGCUACUUAGCAACCCCAUCUGUGCCCUGAUGAUUGGCAUCCUAGCCACCGUCCUGGUCCAGAGUUCCAGCACUUCAACCUCCAUCGUUGUGUCUAUCGUAGCUGCAGGAAUCCUUGAAGUCAAGCCUGCCAUUUUCAUCAUAAUGGGUGCCAACAUCGGUACGUCGGUCACCAACACCAUCGUCUCACUGACCCAGUCUGGCAACCGCAAUGAGUUCCGCCGGGCUUUUGCUGGUGCCACCAUUCACGACAUGUUCAACUGGCUUUCUGUCAUCGUUCUUCUGCCGUUGGAAGUUACCACUCACUACCUGUACCACCUGACCAACGCCAUUGUUGAAGGCUUCCAUAUUCAGGGGACGAGCGGGGCUAAGGUGGAGCUACUGAAGGUGUUGACCAAGCCUUUCUCAAAGCUCAUCAUCAGUAUUGACAGCAAAGUUGUCAGCAAGAUUGCUACAGGAGAGUUGAAUGCCACUGAUGCCAAGCUAUUGAAGAAAGGCAAUUAUUUGUUCCGUUACAUCGCUGAUGCUGGUCUGUCUGAGAGGGCUGUGGGUGGCAUCCUUCUCGUCCUCUCCCUCACCAUGCUCUGUAUCUGCCUGGUCUUGAUGGUCAAACUCCUCCAUUCCUGUCUGAAGGGUCGCAUCGCUAACAUCAUCCAGAAGACCAUCAACUCGGACCUCCCUGGUCCCUUUGCCUACUUUACUGGCCCCCUGGCCAUCAUUGUCGGGGCUGGCAUCACAUUCAUCGUUCAGAGCAGUUCCGUCUUCACUUCAGCCAUGACCCCUCUGGUUGGACUGGGUGUGAUCAAGCUUGACCGCAUGUUCCCGUUGACCCUGGGCUCCAACAUCGGCACCACUGCUACUGGGAUCCUUGCUGCCCUGGCUAGCUCUGGCGACAAGUUGGACAACAGCAUCCAGAUUGCCCUGUGUCAUCUGUUCUUCAACAUCAGUGGCAUCCUCAUCUGGUACCCACUCCCCUUCAUGCGUAAGGUGCCCAUCAACUUAGCCAAGAUGCUGGGCAACACCACGGCCAAGUAUCGCUGGUUUGCCAUCUUCUACUUGGUCGUGAUGUUCUUCUUGCUUCCUCUUCUUGUCUUUGGGUUGUCUCUCAUCAGCAUCUGGGUCCUAGUGGGCGUUGGGAUUCCCUUCCUUCUCCUCAUGAUCUUUGUCAUCAUCGUCAAUAUCCUCCAGCGCAAGAAGAAAUCAAUCCUGCCCAAGAAGCUGCAGACGUGGGAGGAAUUCCCCCAUUGGAUGCACUCCCUGGAGCCUAUCGACAAAGUCUUGACUAAGAUCAUUGAAAUCUCACACGGUUGCUGCCCUUGCAAGAAGCAAUCUGUCUCACUGAACUCAAGUUCAAGCAGUGGUAGACCGUUAAUGGUUCACUAUGACGAACCGAACAAUGCAACCAGAACUGAAACUGUACAGCCCAUAACCUUAAUAAAAUGCACAAUUGUAUAACAAAGGCUUUUUUGGUCAUUCUGUACAUAUUGUGUAAUAAAUUAUAAGUAAAAUGCACUCUGUACCUCAACAGUUCCAGUGCAAAAAACUGUGCCAAAAGAAAUAAUGUACAUGUCCUUCCUUUUUUUUUUUUGAGAACCAGAUUCUUUGUAAAAGAUUGAGGUUACAUUAUCCCACAACCAAACACUUGCAACGAACCGACUAUAAACCAUUUGUAAAUGUGUUUGAAAUUUGAUAAUGAAAUGUGUUUGAGUUUUUACAUUGUUCAAGACAAGUUGUAUUUUAUUAGUAUGCAUAAGUUGCAUUAUGUUAACUAAUUUAUUUAUUGAUUCAAAGAAGUGCCAAACAUGCACAGCUAUCUGUCGUGGUUUCACAAACCAGAAAUAUUAUUCAUUAAAAAGCUAUUCCCACCUGCGCUAGUGUGUCGCUGAAAUUAUCAAGGCCUCUAAAAUAUUCUAAGUAAAAGAUAAAUCAAAGUUCUUAAUUCAACAAGAAAAAAACUCAAGUACUGAGUGCAGCCAACACUUCCAGAAACUAAAAGUUACUUGGACAUUUCUUUCUGACCGUGAACAAAUGAGUGGAAUUAUUGUGUUGAUGGAAAAAAAUGUUUAACAUUAAAGAAUGGUUGUAUGAUAUUAAAAUAGUUAUAAAUCUACAGUUUUCUUCUUGAUUUGAUCCUUAUGUUAUGUGAGAAGUCAUUUAAUAAUUCCUUGCAUUGAACAAUACAAUUAUAAUUUUCUCUUAAACAUCUCAGAAAAAGCAACAACAUCAGAUGUGCAGGCAAAAACUAUUUUUUUUUACAAUGUGGGGGGUUUUUAUGCUCAAUUUGGACAAGCCCCUAUUUUUGAACCAUUCAAAUUUACAAUGUCGGCCGAAAUUUGGUGCUAGCUGUCUAGCAGGGUGGGGUU